AUGCUGACUUCAGGGAAUAGCUCUUCUCACCCCGUGUCCUUCAUCCUGCUCGGGAUCCCAGGAUUCGAGAAUUCCCAGUUCUGGGUUGCCUUUCCAUUCUGUGCCAUGUAUGUGGUAGCUGUAGUUGGCAACAUCACUGUCCUUUUUAUAAUCCAAACUGAUCCCACCUUGCACGAGCCCAUGUACCUCUUUCUGGCCAUGCUGGCCAUCACUGACCUGGUUCUCUCCACUUCCACCCAACCGAAAAUGCUGGCCGUACUCUGGUUUCACGCUCAUGAGAUUGAACAUCACGCCUGCCUCAUCCAGAUGUUCUUUAUUCACGCCUUUUCUUCCGGGGAGUCUGGGGUGCUCAUGACCAUGGCCUUGGACCGUUAUGUGGCCGUCUGCAUGCCGCUCCGUUAUUCUAGUAUCCUGACCCCGACUGUAGUGGGGAAACUGGGGGCAGUUGUGAUGGUAAGAGGGCUGCUGUGGGUGAGUCCUUUCUGCUUCCUGGUCGCCAGGAUGCCCUUCUGCCCCACUAAGAUCAUUCCACAGUCGUACUGUGAGCACAUGGCUGUGCUCAAGUUGGUGUGUGCCGAUACUAGAGGAAAUCGUGUGUAUGGGCUCUUUGCAGCCUUGUCUGUGGUCGGCUUUGACCUGACGGUCAUCAUUGUGUCCUAUGUGAUGAUUCUGAGAACUGUGCUGGGGUUGCCCUCCAGGGAAGCCCGGCUCAAGGCUUUGGGCACAUGUGCUUCCCAUAUCUGUGUCAUCUUGGCUUUUUAUAUCCCAGGCCUGUUUACUUUCUUCACCCACCGCUUUGGACGUCAUGUGCCCCGAGUGCUACACGUAAUGUUGGCAAAUCUCUACCUACUUGUACCCCCCAUGCUCAACCCCAUCAUCUACGGCCUUAGAACCAAACAGAUCAGGGACAGGGUUAUUCACGGAUGCUGCGGGAAAGACUUCUGA